AUGUUCUCCAUCUCCAAGCUCUCCCUCCUCCUCACCGCGGCUGCCGCCUCCGUCGCUGCGCUCCCCUCAGCCGUCGUAUCGCCGCACAUCACCGCGCCCCACGCAGUGGACGUCUGGCCCGCAGGGUCCGUGCAGACCGUAUCGUGGGACACGACGGACGUGCCCGCGGGCGCCGUCGCCGACAUCUUCCUCGGCCACUUCGAGGACGGCAGCGAGAGCGAGCACCUCGACCUCGCGAACCCGCUCGCGACGGACGUCGACUUGACACUCGGCUCCACCCAGGUCACCGUCCCCAGCGUGACGCCGAUGGAGAGCUACAUCGUCGCCCUCGUUGGUAGCUCUGGCAACAUCUCGCCGGAGUUCUCGAUCACCGCUUGA